UGGAGAGUCUCCACAUGAGAGAGCCUCUUGGCAGUUUGCCAAGAUGAGUUCACAGUUACUGUGAGGGGAAACAAGUUAAUGUGAAUGUGACCUAUAUUAUUAUAUAUUGGUAUCAUGGAUGUGAUAGAACACCUUGUGACAGUGCUGCGGACUGUUCUAGAUUAUGUUGGUGUGGACCUGGAGGAUUUGCCUCAUCCUGAGUGGUUUGAUAGGAGACAUGAACUGAGUAUACGAUACAGGAGCCUGGUUCGCCUGAUUGCCUCCCUUAUCCCUCCAAGGCCAGCACGCAGGCUGCAUCUACAGCCCCAGCUCAUAGGACAAAGGGACAGGUACGGAGGAAGUGAGGAAUCCCUCUACAGCACUUCCUCUGACCCUCUAGAUGACCUUGACAUUAACUCAGAUGACCUUGUGUGGGUAGAGGAAGAUCUGGGUAAUGGCUGCAUACAGAUAAGAGCUCGUGACAGAAAGCAGCUAGCUCAGAAAAACCUGGUGGAGGAAAUGGACACAGGUUUGUACGUAUUACGGCAGCUCCCCCAGCGACAGACCUCUACCCCAAUCAACCAGUCAAUGUCCAUGAUCUCACAGGCAGACCCAAACGCCAUGAUGAAAAUCUCCAUGCUGGAGGAUGAAUUAACGAAGCUUCGAAUACAGAUUGCUCAGAUUGUCAUUGCUCAGGAGAAUAACACUUUACAAAAGUCAGUGUUUGUGGCUGAUGCUCCUGCUGUGUUUGCUGAUGAAGAGCAGUAUGAUGAGAACAGGCAGGCCACAGAUGACAUCCCUGCCCUACACACUGCCUCCCUGGUCAUCACAUCACCUGUGUCCUCAGCCCCUGAUCCUCCUGUCUUUGACACGUCCAUCCCACCCCCUCCUGAACUGCCACUUCCCACCCCCCCUGCCACACCAGUGCCUGCCUCUCCCUUACUGCCAGGCCCUCCGGCUCCUCCUCCACCCCCACCCCUACCCCUGCCUGACCACACCCCUACCGUGGAGUCCACACCUCAGCUGACCACAGGUGGAGGACCAUCCCUCCCAGAGAUACUCACCAAGAAGAAAGCCACUCUUCCCCAGAGAGAGAAUUCAAUGCCCAAAGGCUCAGCACCAUCCUUGUCCGAAGUUUUGAGGGGUCUGGGAUCAGUCAAACUGCGAGCAGUGCAGAGAUCUCCUGGAGGGACCCCACUGCGAGAACCCCCAAAACAGACCCCACACUGUGACCCCACCUUCCUUAUUGCUCAAGCCCUCAAGAAAAAGUUUGCCUUCAGAAAUCUACAUGACAGUCUGGAAAAUGACAAGGAGAAUGAGUUUAGUUCUUCCUCGGCUGAAAGCACUCCUAAAAGUGGGAUUGUGCCUGGAUUAAUGAAGAAAAAACUUGAAAGGCGUCGCUCAAGUUUGUGUACGGACAGCACAGAUAUAUUAGCUCAUGGGCCUGGCCCACUGAGAGACUUUAAUAUGCGGGUAUAGAAUCCCAGGGGCAAAAAACUCUGCUACAAAUAUGAAACUAUGACUGAAACCCAUAACCUCUGAUUGAUAAUGGGUGUGCCUGGUGAACUUUAAACCUUGUACUCCAAUGCUGCAGCUACAUAUGGAGUCAGAAAUGUGGCAAGCUUGUGUAAAUGGCUCAUUGAUAUAAAAGCAAACUUAUCAUUCCACAAGUUAAUGACAGUUUUUAUCAGACCACAGUUUCUAUCAUAUUUCUUCAGAUGUCCUAGGCUAUUUGGAGGUCAUUCGAAGUGAUAAAAUCAUAUGUCUUGGGAAGAAAAAGGGUUUUAUACGGCAAUUAAACGUUCGUGCCCAAACUUGCAUAUCCAUGUAAGGAGCACUUUAACUUGCCAUUUUGUAUGGAAAGCCUGAAGACUGUGUAUUUUGUCUGCUUUACAAUGUGGACAGCAACCCAGUUUAAACUCUUGUUUAAACACUUGUGGCAGGAGAUGUGGUUUGUUGCACUUUUGUAAGCUGACUGUCAAAUGUCUGUAUCACAGGAGUUCAACACAAGGCUACGGUUUUUGUAUAUAGAGAAUGUAAAUAUGUCUAUAUAGGAAAUAUGUCAAAUGUGAGGAUGAGUGAGAAGCCUGAGGCUGUAAGUCGGCCAUGCGCAGUGCUGACAACUGCCCCAUUCUGCUGCAUUGACCACUUGGGGUUGUGAGUCUCAUCACUCUCCGAGAUGAGAUGAGAAUGGUAUUUGAUUCGCGCGGAAAUUCCAUUUUGACUGAUUUAUUAAUGUGAUCUGACUUCAUUGAGCUUUGUGUAAAUGAUUUUGGCAACCUCUAAAUGUUUAGCAAAAUGAUCUUCAAACAACCAACGUCCCAUAAUACCUUGCUCCUGGAUGUUUUAAUGAAUGUUUGUUUUGUGUUUGUACUUCAUUCUCUAAUAUCCACUUGAAUAAAUUGAAAUGCUUCCACCUUCUUUUUUAUUAAUAAAGGUCCACAGAUUUUAAAGCAACAUCUCCACUCGCAGAAACAUUGUAAACGCAAACGACAACUUAUGAUUAAGCACUGUCAUUUUGAGCAAAAUGUCAAGUUGGAGAAGUCCACCUCGUCGAAACUAGAUGUGGAAAAAAUGUUCCUGCUCUAAAACCACCAAUUAUUCACCAGGAGUAUUAGCCUGAAGGAAAUCAGCUUGUAUUGGGUGUACAUAUGGAUGUAUGGUUCUAUAUCUGUGAAUGGGUCAAAAAUUGUUAUCUGGAACAUUUCUUUCUCGCAGUGUAAUGACGUGUAGUCCAAAUAUUUCAAGGGAGAUUGAUAAUUUAAGAAUGAGCUUGUCUUGGUGGAAUCCCUGCAACAUGUUAAGUUUAUGUCCGUCAAAAAGCCCCCAAUCAUACAAGAAACCAGAUUAUCACGCAUUGGGAGUUUGUGAUACAAUAAAAUGUUCUAUUUUUAUGUUGUUGUUGUUGAGUGUGUUUUGAUUCAGAAGUAUUGUCAUUUGCUUCAAUCUGUUCAUUAAUGCGUGGUACGACAUGGCUGAAAUAUUUGCUGAAGAUUUGCUAAGCUGUAAUCUUUGAUACUCUAUGAAGUCAAGACGUCUUGUCUCGUGUCUUUUUGUACUGGUGUAGUGAUGCUUCUCUCAUAGCAGGUGCUGUGGACUACUUUUUAUACUGGUGUAGUGAUGCUUCUCUCAUAGCAGGUGCU